GGCUGUGAGCGCUCUAUGCAGCACAGAUCUGCUGAGAGCACCAGGGCAGACCGCCUUCACAGCCCACAGCUGCAGGGCUGCCACCACAGUCCACAGGAAAUCUUUAAAUACCCGCUCCACCGGAGAAACAAUCACAAUACUGCAAGAAUAGGACGAAGAGGCAAAGCAGGCCCCUCACACAAUAAUGGAACAUUACAAAAGACGUUGAGGAAGAUUCUUCCCUCCAGAGGAUUACAUCCAAAAUUAACCAGUGCAAAACUUUCUCUAACUUUUAAGAUAAAAUCGGGAAAAAAGCUGCUCCAUCGUUCCUGGUUCCACGCAGACAUGGCUGGCUGCACCAGCCGCUGCAGGCAGGGCGUGCUUAAAUUAAUCCAGUCCCUGAGGAGACUGGUCUUUGGAACCCUCACAAAAGAUAAAACGGAGGAUGAGCUGGAGAUGACCAUGGUGUGCCACAGGCCAGAGGGUCUGGAUCAGCUGGAGGCUCAAACCAACUUCACCAAACAGGAACUGCAGAUCCUCUAUCGAGGUUUUAAGAACGAAUGUCCCAGUGGGGUGGUAAACGAAGAGACCUUCAAACAUAUUUAUGCACAGUUCUUCCCACAUGGAGAUGCGAGCACGUAUGCACACUAUCUUUUCAACGCAUUUGACACCACAAACAAUGGCUCCAUCAAAUUUAAGGACUUUGUGAUGGGUUUGUCAAUUCUGCUGAGAGGCACUCUGAGGGAGAAGCUGGAGUGGACGUUUCAUCUUUAUGACAUCAACAGAGAUGGAUACAUAAACAGAGAGGAAAUGACAGAGAUUGUGAGAGCCAUUUACGACAUGAUGGGCAAAUACACCUACCCCGCAUUAAAGGGAGACGUCCCACAGCAACACGUGGAUGCCUUUUUUCAGAAAAUGGAUAAAAAUAAAGAUGGAGUGGUGACCUUGGAGGAGUUUGUUGUAGCCUGUCAAGAGGACGAAACCAUGAUGAGAUCCAUGCAGCUGUUUGAAAACGUGAUGUAGGACGAGUGCGAAACGAAGGAGACAGGGACAUGUAACAUAGGAGGGCUCUUUGUGAGUGCAUGUGUGAGGGUGCAUCAGUGCUGUACCUCCUCUUCCUCCUCUAACCCAUCCCAUCCUGCUGAGAUCUGGAUGAACCCGGAAUCUCCCGUGAUGACUCAGACGGCGGGACCGGAGAGGAAAGCUUUUAGCCUUCAUGCCAGGGGUUUGACGCACAGCGAGAGAACCAUGUGACAGCCUUGGACUUUUUUAACGCUUUUAGCCCUGUCACGGUAGAGACAUAUAGACUAAGACAGCCCUGCAUUACCAGGCUCCUCCUGACCUUCUAAAGAGCCAUGACUUUCAGAAACGGAACUAUUUAUUUUUCGAAUCCUUCUUUGCCUAACUGUAAUUGCAUGUGUUCGAAAGAGUCUUUUUCCAUCCAUGCUUUACAUGUGUUAUGGGUGUUCUGUUUCAUGCAUCUAAGAUAUUGACAGAUUCUAUUGUCAUGUGCUGGAUUUAUCGAUGCAGUGACCCCUGUGAUUUGGCUGCCUGCUUAUUAUAAGUCUGUCCAAUAACAAUAUGAUUUUAGAGACUUUUUUGUUUGUUUGGUUUUUAGGGGUUUGUUUUUUUGUCCAAAAUGUACUUUUAGAACAAAGGAUUGCUUCUUUUAGGAUAAUGUGUGCAAUGUCAAAGAGAUGUGCUUACAAAAGACCCUUUUCACGGUGACGUCAGACAAAAUGGCAACACGACCCAAAAUGUGAAUCGUCACUUCCAGUGUUUGGGUUUAGAACAGCAAAGCUGACAGCUGAACGCUGUUUAACAUAAUUUUAUGUAAAUAAUAGUGGUAACCUUACCAAUUUCAACAGAUAAUUGUACAAAAUGUAUUUUAUAAAUGUCCUGCUGAACUGUAUUCGCAAAUCUAAAUUCAAAUUUGAUUAAUCAUUCAAACUUGGAGGUUAUAUUGAAAAUAUCGACCUUUCCUUUGAGCAGAUAUUAUUCUAACUUGUUCUAUUUUGCUUGAUGUUAUUCACACGUGUUUUAAGUGCGAUCGAGCACAAAAACUGAUGGAAAUUCAUGUUGGCCACAUUUAAUAGUUGCAGCAAAGAUGCACAUUGCUGCAUGUUAGCGGCGCGUGUUUUAACUGUGCUGAAGGCUAAAUUUAGUCGUUAUAAUCUGAGGUAUUUGUUGUUUUUGGGGUAUUUUGAGGGGUAAUUGUAAAAAUAGGAAUGUUUACCAAGUGGCACUGCAAAUACUUUAAGUGCCAUUAUGAAGACGUGUAUUUUCAGCUUUCAAAAUAAGAGCAGCCAGGACCAAAAUUCAUCUCUGGCCGUAAACAUUUAAAAAAUUGCGUGGGAAUAAUUAUUUCCUUAUAUACAUUUUUGACAUUUUCAGAUUAUUUUUUUCCUUGUUUACCUUUAUUAUCCUGCAGGAAUCAGACACGCUUAAGAGCAACAGCAAAGAGGAGCUACGUCAGAAAAUAACACAACAGUUAUUAGUUUUUCUUUAUUGUAAGACACGUUGAAAUUGUCUUACUUUAGUUCUGUUUUUAGUGAUUUUGUGAACAUGGAAAUGUAAGCAACUUUAAAUUUGCAGGAAAGAUCUUCUGCAUCUAGCUCUACGUCUCAUCCCCGUCGUGGAGAGCUAGCAUUAGCUUGAAUUAGAAAAAGAAAAUCUUAAUUACCUUCAUAGUAAAACAAGCAGCAUUCGGUGAAGUACCUGUAACCUUCGUCUAACUUUGACUGGGUUGUCAGAGAAAAACCAUCCUGACUAGUUUAAUAUCACUGUGCAGUAUUCUGCAGGCAGUACCACAGACAUUUUUGAACAAUCUAAGAGGAAAAAAUUAUUGCAACCAGGUAGCACAUUUAUAAAAUAAAUAUUGUACAACUUUUGGUCACAAUUGGUUUGGUUGCCUUUCAUUAUUUAUGUAAAAUUGCUUUACAGCUUUGCCGUUCUAAACCAUAGACAUAAUAUAUAGCUGGAAGUCACUCUGCACACUCGCUGGUUUGUGUGACAUCAUGUGAAAAGGUGUGUCAAAAAUCAUGAGUCAUAUUUAACUUUUAUAUUAAGUUUGGGUCCAAAUUUACAUGUUUUCAAGUUUGAAAAUGGGUCAAUUUUGACCCAAAUACAAUAUAAGGGCUAACUGGGAGCAGUUUUUGGACAAUAUACGUUGAAACCAGAACAGUGAUGUCAUGCUUGGACGUGAAGAGCACACUCACCGAAGCUUCCUCUGCAGUUUCUUGCUGGUGGUUUCCUGCAAGCGAGUGUUUUAAAGCCCUAUCGUCAACAAAAAUUCACCAGGAUUAAGUGACUGCAUCGCUAAAAUAUUAAACAUUGUUCUUUUUGCAGACAGUGGAGCGUUUUUUUAGUUAUGUGGUUCAUCUGCCUAAGAUUUGGUUUGAAUCUGAGGUGUUUUAUCCCUAGAAAAAAACAGUUGAAUAAACAUAUAAGUUAUUAAA